AAAAAUUUUGUGUAAACGAUUAAAGAUUUAUAAAAAUGGAUCUUUAUACAAAAUUUUAUAUUUUUUUAACAUUAACAACAGCUUUAACAAUAACAGAAAAAAUUUUACCAAAAGAAGAUGUAACUUAUCGAUUACCAAAAUCCGUCCGCCCAAUACAAUACAACAUUGAAUUAGAACCAAAAUUAACUUUAACUAAUAAUUUAACUGCAUUUAAUGGAAAAGUAAAAAUUGAUAUACAUUCAACAGAAUUUUAUGUUGAUGAAAUUGUUCUACAUUCAGAACGUUUAAAGCAUACAAAAAUUGAAUUAGUGGAUCCAGUUGAACCAGACAAUAAAUUUACUAUUAAAGUUGAUGAUUCAGAUGAAAAACAUAAUUUUCUAAAAUUGAAAUUAGAUAAACCAUUGGAUAUUUUUAAAACGUAUACAUUAACAAUAGAAUAUAGUGGUACGUUAUGGAAUGAUAUGCAUGGAUUUUAUGGAAGUGUCUAUAAGGAUGAAAAUAAAGACAUAUACUUAGCUGCAACACAAUUUGAACCAGUUCAUGCCCGCCGUGCUUUUCCAUGUUUCGAUGAACCAUCUUUCAAAGCUAAAUUCACGAUAAGCAUAACACAUGAUGCUAGCAUGAAUGCUACAUUAAGUAAUAUGGAUGAAGUAUCUUCGGUUAUUAAAAGUGAUGAUCCUAAUUCAAAAGUUACAACUUUUCAAGAAACUGAUCCAAUGUCCACAUAUUUGGUUGCAUUUAUUGUUUCAAAUUUUGCAUAUAAAGAAAAUACACAAAAUCCCAAACGUAAAAUACGUGUAUUUGCCAGAGGUCAAGCAGUUGAUCAAGUAGAUUAUGCAACACAAAUAUGUGAUCCAUUGUUGGUGAAUCUGGAACAAAUUACUGGAAUGGACUUUCCAUACAAAACAGAUUUAGUAGCAAUUCCAGAUUUUGCAGCAGGCGCAAUGGAAAAUUGGGGUUUGAUUACAUAUCGUGAAACUGCAUUAUUGUAUCAUGAGCUUCAUUCCUCAAAAUCAGAAAAAUUACGAGUUGCCACUGUUAUUGGGCAUGAACUGACACAUAUGUGGUUUGGCGAUAUGAUAACAUUGAAUUGGUGGGAAAAUACUUGGUUAAAUGAGGGAUUCGCUAGAUUUUUUCAAUAUUUUUCUACGGCAGCUGUUGUUGGUGAAGAAUGGGGUUUAGAAGAAGCAUUUAUUCCAGAACAAUUGCAAGCUAUAUUAGGAACUGAUGCAUAUGGAAAUUUAGAUCCAUUAACUUCAAAAGUAGCAACCCCUUCCGAAAUUAAUUCCCGUUUUAAUUGGAUUGGUUAUAACAAAGGUGCAAGUGUUAUACGGAUGAUGCAACAUUUAGUUGGAGCAGAAAAUUUUCAAAAAGGAAUUCAAGCAUAUUUGAAGUCAUUAAAAUUCAGAAAUGCUGAACCUGAAAAUUUAUUUGUUGCAUUAAAUGAACAAAUUACAGACACAUCAAUUAAGGAUGGAUUCUAUAGUUUCUUUAACACAUUUACCACACAACCAGGGUAUCCACUGGUAACAGUACGAAAAUCAAGCAAGAACACGUUUGUGGUUGAUCAGGAAGUCUUCCUAUUGAAUAAUGAUAAACAUUUUUAUCAUAAAUGGACAAUACCAUUAACAAUGACACAUGGUAUGCAAGGGAAUUUCGAAAUUACAUCCAAUGUUCAAUAUUUAAUGGAAAAUGAAGACAAUAAAACAAUAACUUUGGAAUCAGCGGAUUUAGAUAAAACUUGGCUUAUUUUAAAUCUUCAACAAGUUGGAUAUUAUCGAGUGAAUUAUGAUAAUGAUUUAUGGCAACGAAUUAUCGAUGUGUUGAAUAGUGAUCGUUACGAAACAAUCCAUACACUAAAUCGUGCUCAAUUAAUUGAUGAUAUAUUUAAUUUAGCCAAAGCUGGUUUAGUUAAAUAUGAGCAAGUCUUUGAUUUAAUUGCUUAUUUAAAUCAAGAAAGUUAUCUAACACCAUGGUCAUCAGCAAUAAUCAAUUUAAGUUUCUUGAAACAACGUUUUAUUGCUAAUAAUGAACAUCUUGAGCCAUUAGUUACAUUUGUAAGGAAUCUAGUUGAAAAUCAGUAUCAAGAAUUUAAAGAUUUUAAAAUUGAUCCUACGAAAGAAAAGGCUAACGUUACAAUGUAUCGUGCGAAAAUUGUUUCUGCAGCUUGUGAAUAUGAAAAUGAACAUUGUGUUAAACAAUCAUCUGAAUUAUUUAAGGAAUGGAAAAAAGACGGUUCAAAAUUGAUUCCAGUUGAUUUACGAGGUACGGUGUAUUGUGUAGGUAUACAAAAUGGUGAUAAAGAUGACUGGAACCAUUUAUUUAACGAGUUUACGAAAGCAAAUGUUGCUGCCGAACAAGUUCGUAUUAUUAACAGUUUAGGAUGCAGUUUGGAUAAGGAGAUACUAACCAACUAUUUAAAGAAAACUAUUGAAGUAGAUUCAGAAAUACGUAGUCAAGAUGCAUCGUCUGUAUUUAAUUCAGUAUUGAGGACUCAAACUGGUAUUGACGUAGCUUUAGAGUUUGUUAAAACAUCAUAUGAACAAAUAAAAGAACGUUACGGAGGAUCGAAACAACUUGGAAGUAUUAUUAGUAGUCUUGGAUCAAGAUUAACAACAGAGGAACAAAUUAAACAAUAUGAAGAGUUUUUAAAUGAUCUGGUUAAAAAACCAGAAUAUGAGGAUGUUGCAGUGACUUCGAGGCAGACCAUCCAAAAUGCGCGAACCAAUUUGGAAUGGAACACAAAAUAUGGACAUACUGUUCAUCAAAUUUUAACUGAUCAUAAUAAAUCAAAUAAUGCUGAAAUGCAGAAAAUCAAUGUGUUUAUGUUGCUAACAACGAUACUUGUUUGUAUAUACAAUCUUUUUUAGAUAGACAAACCUGUUUAUAAUUAAAAUGUAAAAUAAUAGUAGUAUGUUAUCUCAAAAUUUUUAAUUAAAAACUCGGAUUCUCCUUUAAGCUACCAAAAUAUGUGAUCAGGAAUAAUUGAUAACGCGCAAACAACAGUUAGGAGGUUGUUAACAACAUUCAUUUAAUUUAUUCUCUUAAAUUGAUUAAACGUUGUGGAUAAACAAGAAAGAAGUGUGUACAGCUCCCAUAUGAAAUUAAAAGCAAUUUCCUAUAUUAUUAUUAUUCAAUAAACAUUUUUUCACAUGUUUCAGUGUUAAAUACCUAAUUUCAAUUUCACUUAAGGUUGAUCGGGCAUUAAAGUCAUGUGAUGAUAAUAAUCUGAAUUUUGAUAUGUUAUUAAUUGUUAGAUAA